CGGCCGGAACGGGCGCUCCCACCCCGGCGCUCCGUGCCGGCUCCCCGGACCCUGCCUCUGCCGGGAGAGGGCGGGCACCCCAUCCGUCCCUCCGGCUGCUGGGGCGGAGGAGGAGGCGAGGGCAGCCCCCGGGCAGAGGCAGGGACUGGGAUGGGGAUGGGGAUGGGGCAGGCAGGAGCCGCCCCCCGCGGGGCGGAGGGACCGCUCGGUACUGGCUCCUCGCCCCGCGUAUCCAGCCCAGCGGUGGCCCCGGCGCUGCCUGGAGCCGCAGCCUCUUCCCUUCCCUCCCGCCCUCCCUCUCUCCCUCCCCCGUCCCCACCUCUCCUCCAAAACCGUAGCAGCCGCUAGCACUCCUUCACUCGCUCGGGAGCCAGCGGGGCGCGGGCAGCUCGGCGCAGCACGGCCCGGGCCGGGAGCAGCCCCGCAUCGUCCCCGCCGCCCCUGCCAUGGCCGGUGCCGCGGCCCAGCGCUGACCAUGCUGCUGGGCGCCCCGCGGCCGGGCGCCUGGGAUCGCGGCCGGGUGGGCGAGAGGCUGCAGGCGGCUCUCGCCGGCCUCCAGGAGCUCCAGGUGCUCCGGGAGAAGCAGCGGGAGCUGGUGCGGGCCGCCCUGGCCAUGCCGCAGCGGCCGGCGGCGGGCGGAGAGCAGCAGCCCCUGGCCGCGCACAGCAAGGAGCUCCGUCUGGAGGCCACCCUCUCGGCGCUCAAGGAGCAGCUGUCUCGUUUGAGGAGACAGGAUCUUGGCUUGAAAAGCCACCUGGAUCAGCUAGACCAGCGAAUAAGUGAGCUGAAAUUGGAUGUCAGUAAGACCUCCAGUGAAUACUUCGACAGUGACAGCCGGCCCAGCUCAGGAUUCUAUGACCUGAGUGAUGGUGGUUCUUGCUCGCUCUCCAAUUCUUGCACCUCUGUGUACAGUGAGUCCAUCUCCUCCUCCCACACCAGUCUCUUACCCAGCUCUCAGCACCCUAAAGCGAGGCUCAGUGUGUUUGAUUACCGACCCAAGUCUGCAGAUGAAACUACUGUGCACACCACCAGCUUCCAGCAGCAGGGAGCCUAUGCCAGCGAUGGAUGUUGGAUUGCAGCUAGCAGAGAUGCUUCUGGGACUCCUGCCAGGUCCAGACCAAGGCCUGUUUCCACAGGUGACUUGGAAAGACUCAUUCCAGCAGAUGCUAGAUUUCAGAAAGAAAUGGAUCCCAAAUCCAUGUUGCCUCUGUGCCAUAAUGGAGACAUGCAUUUGCUCAGCAUGGACCCCAAAUUCCAGAAUGACUUGGUCUCCAAGAAUGGCAUUGAUGUGUAUCCUUACCCAAGCCCCCUCCAUGCAGUGGCUUUACAAAGUCCCCUUUUCUCCCUGGUGGGAGCAUCCCCAGAAUCAGACUUCCAAGCUCCUCCCAGCAAACCUCUGCCUAGUAUGACAGGUCCCAGCUUGAUUAAGACUAGCCCAACCACUGAGGUGAAGCCGGGGGGUUACAUUGAUAAAUUACUGCAGCUGACGAGAUGCAGAGGGAGCGGUCGGGCUGAGGCCAGCGAGUGGGUUUCACCGAAGAGCCAGGCAGCCGCAGUGCACCAGAGACUCAUUAUAACCCCCAGCACCGGCGGAGUGAAAAUUAACAGCAGCAGUAGCCAGCUGGAAAAACAGACGAGUUCUCUGGAGAGCAACAAAGCUGAAGGGAAGCUGUCAAGAGAGGUGCCAGAGGGGGAAUGUGCCAAGCAGCAGGAGGCCAUGAGCUAUAUGAAUGAAGAGCAGUCAUCCACCCGGCCUGACACAGAGCCGUCAGCUGUGAAUAGUUGUUAUCCUGCCAAGUCAGCAGCAAGGGGCUCUCCUCUGGCAGAAGCAACUGAGAGCAGUUUGUCCUGCUCACAGCUGAGUCAAGAGGACUCUAGCCCAGACACCUGGAAUGCUAGAGCUGUCCCACCCAAAAAACUGCCCGUCAAAAGGGGUGGCAGUGCCAAAUUGGCUUACGCUGGGGGUCAUGAGCGAGUGGCACGAGCUGAGUUUGUUCACGCUCAGUUUGUCCCUGCGGAAUCCCAUCAAGUCCGGGUAAAGUUUGCCAGCUCCAAAACAAAGGCAGUGAAGGUAAAGAGAAGGAGCAGCGAGAAAGCCGUUCGGCCUGGGAAGCAAUCCUUCUGCAUGGAGAAGGAGAGAGGGUCUCACGGGGCCGCCAGGCUGCCUGCUGAGUGGAAUCAGCUCCAAGGACCACAAGGAAUGAAGAGCCUGGUGCGGAGACCUUCGUAUUCUGGCGACAUGGCUGGCAGGUCGUGCUCCGAGUCGAGUCUGUUCCCGGUGCAGGUCGGGCUGCCCGCUGUGCCCUCCAGGCCAGAGCUCUACGGAGCCUCUGCCAACGCGCUGUAUCCCCUCGAGGCGGCAGACGCAGCCAGCAGGAAGAAGCAGCGCAAGUGGCAGUCCACGGUGGAGAUCUGUGCCAAGGCCCCGCCGGCCGGCCUGUCCCACGGCUGCGGCCCGGGAGCGCCGCGGCAGCCGGCGAGGAGAGCCGGCGUCCUGCGCGCCGCCAGCGGCCGGGCUCGCCCCAAGGGCCAGCGCCGCGCCGACUGUGCCAAGAGCGAGUCCGACCACUCGGAGUACUCGGCCGAGUGCGCGUCCCUCUUCCACUCCACCAUCGCGGAGACCAGCGAGGGGGAGGUCAGCGAUUUCACGGCCAACUGCUUUGGGGACAGCGAGUCCAGCGAAAGCGACUCGGAUGGCGGCGGCAGCAGCAGCAGCAGCCUCACUCUUGACUAUGAUGAGGGGGAUGAAAGUGACCUGAUCUGGCCUGAGGGUUCAGUCAGACAAUCCGUGACUGUCCAGGCCUCUUCCAAGGCUAUUCCUCCAGUGCCCAAAAUAUGUCGCAUCAAAGCUUCAAAGGCGCUAAAGAAGAAGAUAAGGAGGUUCCAACCAGCCUCUCUCAAGGUCAUGACCAUGGUUUAAGGGAGAGCAAGCAUCUGUUUCUUACAGUGAGACAUCCUGCUGGCUCAUGUUUGCAAAAUAGGAGGACCCACGUGCAGAGAAAUGGACUCUCUUAAAGGAGCCAUGAAUAAUCCCUGAGUCUACACAAGGGAUCUCAGUUGUUAAUGCCUGGACUUAAAUGCCACUGUAUCUAAUUCCCUCUUUCUCCAUUUAUUCUGUAAAUAUGAAUCUCUGUGUACAUUAUGUAAUGACAUUUUUAAUUAUCCAGAAGGGUCACCAUGAAAAUAAAAUGAAAACCACUUCACUAUGAAGUGAAAAUGAAAACAACCUCUGCUGCAAGAUUUUGCAGGCAGGCCCUUGGUGGUCUUUUAACCAUAUGCACCCACAGAAUCAGUCCAGACACGAGGACUUGCUAAGAAGAAAGUGUACUUCCUUCUUGUGAGGAAUUCUUUGCAGUCUGAAGUCUGUAUUAACCAUCUAGCUGUUAUUGUGGUCAUAUGGAAAAGCUCUGUUUUUCUACAUAGUUUUACUUUAUUUCAGAUCAGCCAUCCCAUACCUUCUCCCAAACAUUGGGAGGAUGAGUCUGUUCUUCCAUAAAAACAUAGUAUGCUUAAUCAAGAAGGCAAGUGAAUUUGUGAAUGAGAACAAGACUUCAGUUUGCUUCUUUUUUUCAAAAUAGCAUGGGGUUGUUUUUUCAACCCCCCUCUUUGUGAUGUUCCAUGUUAUUGUUCAUUUGUUGAAUGGAUGAAAGAACAUGAGGGUGACAUGCCACAGUGUGUGAUUAGCUGGGACUGAGAUGAUAGCUUUGCCCCUGAAAUUGCAAACUCAAUAAAUACUAUUUAAUGUA